CUCUCUCAUGUUACGGUAACACUGCGAACCUGUCAGUCAGCCAGUAAGCCCCGCCUCCCGGCUGCUGCUUACACCGCGGUUCUCCGCAGUCGGAACGGCCGGUAUCCCGCAGACUGAUCUCCUGUUGCUGUCACGGACCACGACGGCUACGGACAGGAGACCAGGCGUUUCACUUUGAGGAGAUCCUCUCAUAAUGUUGCCUCAGCACUUGAAGCAGAUCCGAGUUCUGAUGCUCAACGACAACGACAACUUGGAGAGGACUCUGUUCAGACUUGAACAAGGCUUUGAGCUGCAGUUCCGUCUGGGCCCGAGCCUGCAAGGAAGGAGGGUUAUCGUUCACACCAAUUACCCGCUUGAAGGGCAGCGCUUUAACCGAGACAACUUCCGUGUUUUGGCGUGGAACUAUCCAUCAGGGAGGGAGGAUGACUCUGAUAAGUUCUGCUCUCUGGAGCUCAAGAUGGCUGGAUCUUAUCAGUAUUACUUUGGAUAUGCAGGCAUUGAAAGACUCGGGGGAGGUUACAUUGUUGUUGACCCAGUCCUACGUGUUGGACCAGACAACCACGUGCUCCCGUUAGACUGCAUCACCAUUCAGACCUACCUGUCCAAAUGCCUGGGCCCCCUGGACGACUGGCCAGACAGACUGAAAGUGGCAAAGGAGUCGGGUUACAACAUGAUCCACUUCACUCCUCUGCAGACUUUAGGAGAGUCCCGGUCCUGUUACUCCUUAGCCGAUCAGCUGACUUUCAACCCUGAGUUCAGCAAAGAAGGCCAGAACUGGAGCUGGGAAGAUGUGGGGGCUUUGGUGGAGAAGCUCAGGACAGAGUGGAAUAUGCUGUGCAUUACAGAUGUAGUGUACAACCACACAGCUGCUAACAGUGUGUGGAUAAAAGAACAUCCGGAGUGUGGCUACAACCUGGUAAAUUCUCCUCACCUGCGCCCCGCCUGGGUCUUGGACAGAGCUCUCUGGCACUUAACCCUCAAGGUGGCAGAGGGGCGGUACAAGGACAAAGGACUUCCUGCUGAGAUCACCAAUGAGAGCCAUCUCAAUGCCGUCCGCAGUGUGUUCUGGGAGGAUGUGGUUCCCCAGAUCAAGUUGUGGGAGUUCUUCCAGGUCAAAGUGGAACUUGCUGUGGAACAAUUUAAAAUGCAGCUGCAAAAGGGUUUGAAACCCGACCAAAGUAAGACUGGAGGGAAGAAAGAGCUCAAAAUCAUCCAAGAUCCCCAGUACCGUCGCUAUGGCAACACAGUGGACAUGGACUCUGCUUUGGAAACGUUUGUACCUCACAGCUCUUCCCCACACCACAUCGAGGAGUGCUGUGCUUGGCUGAAGCAGAGGCUGAAUGAACUAAAUGACGAGCAGAAGCGUGUCGUGACUCAGCAUCAGGAGCAGGCUAUCAACUGUGUUGUUGGAAAUGUGGUGUAUGAACGUCUGGCUGACCACGGCCCCAAACUGGGUCCUGUUAGCAGAAAAAAUCCUUUAGUCACCAGGUAUUUCACCUAUCCCUAUGAAGACAUGACUCUGGAAGAAGAGAUGCAGGUUCUGGACCAACCAGACAAGAUGCAGCACUUCUUGGCCCACAACGGUUGGGUGAUGGGGGACGAUCCACUGCGCAACUUUGCUGAGCCAGGCUCCAACGUGUACCUGCGGCGUGAACUCGUGUGCUGGGGUGACAGCGUCAAACUGCGCUUUGGUAACGGACCUGAAGACUGCCCCUACCUGUGGGAACACAUGAAGAAAUAUACUGAAAUCACAGCCAAACAUUUCCAUGGAGUCCGGCUGGACAACUGCCACUCCACUCCACUGCAUGUAGCUGAGGCCAUGUUAGAUGCAGCCAGAGAGGUUAGACCCAACCUGUAUGUGAUAGCUGAGCUCUUCACAGGCAGCGAGCUCAUUGACAACGUGUUUGUCAACCGCCUGGGACUCAGCAGUCUAGUACGAGAGGCCAUGUCUGCACAUGACAGCCACGAGGAAGGCCGGCUGGUUUAUCGCUAUGGAGGAGAGCCGGUCGGAGCCUUCGUUCAGCCCAGUCUCCGCCCUCUAGUGCCCUCUAUUGCCCAUGCAAUGUUUCUCGAUGUCACCCAUGAUAACGAGUGCCCCAUUCAGCUUCGCUCCGUUCUGGACUCGCUGCCCAGUUCUGCCAUCGUCUCCAUGGCCUGCUGUGCCACCGGCUCCACCAGAGGAUACGAUGAAUUAGUGCCCCAUCAGAUCUCUGUGGUCAAAGAGGAGAGGUUGUACCCCAAGUGGAAUCCCGCAGCAGCCUCUUCCUCCACUGGGGAAAUCGGACCUCAGACUGGCAUCAUUGCUGGAAAACGGGCUCUGAAUAAGCUGCAUCAGGAGCUAGCAGCUCAGGGAUUUGUGCAGGUCUACGUAGACCAGGUGGAUGCAGAUAUUGUAGCAAUUACUCGUCACUGUCCCAGUACACACCAAUCUGUCGUCACAGUGAGCAGAACAGCCUUCUGGAACCCCAAAACCCAUCAGUACGAGAGCAACGUCCCACCCAUGUUCAUACCUGGACAAAUCGAAGAAAUUAUACUGGAGGCACGAACGGUGGAAAGGAAUGCUGGGAACUAUAAGAAAGACGAGAAAUACAUCAACGGCAUGCUGGAGUACACGGUGGAAAUAAAAGAGCAUAUACCAAUCAGUCAGAGUAUGCUGGUGAAACACAGUGGAGUCACCUCCAAAGGCCGCUCUGAAUUUGUACAGGAAAUCCAGUUCCAGAAGUUGACACCUGGCAGUGUCAUCUCCUUCAGGGUCAGUCUGGACCCCAAGGCACAGAAGCUGGUGGGAGUGUUGAGGUACUACCUGUCCCAGUUCAGCCCAAAGUACAAGAGAGGCAGUGUGCCAGAUGAAAACUCCCCCCCGGCUCUGCAGAAGCCCCUGGCUCAGCUGAUGUCCAAGCUGACUCUGGCAGACAUGAACAUUCUGCUGUUCCGCUGUGAAACGGAAGAACAAGAGGAUGGAGGAGGCAGUUACAGCAUUCCAGGCUGGGAGAGCCUGAAGUAUGCUGGACUGCAAGGUUUGAUGUCGGUGUUGGCUAACAUCCGUUCAAGCAACGACCUCGGUCAUCCUCUGUGUGCCAACCUCAGAGAGGGAGACUGGCUCAUCGACUUUGUUUUCAAAAGGCUGAUCAACCGAGAAGGGCCGCUGUCACAGGUGGGUCAGUGGCUGGGAGCCAUGUUUGAUUACCUGAAGCACAUCCCACGCUACCUCAUCCCUUGCUACUUUGAUGCCAUUCUGGUGUCUACCUACACCACAGCCCUGGACUCAACCUUCAAGCUGAUGUCAGGUUUUGUUCAGAACGGCUCCACCUUUGUGCGCCACCUGGCACUGGGCUCAGUUCAGAUGUGUGGCGUUGGACGCUUCCCGGCUCUCCCUCCGAUUUCGGAGAAACUGAGCGAUGUUCCGUUUCGCAUCAGUGCCAUCACAGGGAAAAAGGAGCAGUGCUGCGUGUCAAUGGCUGCAGGUCUGCCUCACUUCUCUGCUGGGAUUUUCCGUUGCUGGGGGAGAGACACUUUCAUCGCUCUCCGAGGACUGCUGCUGAUCACAGGGAGGCAUGCCGAGGCUCGUAACAUCAUUCUGGCUUUUGCUGGAACUUUGCGUCACGGUUUGAUUCCCAACCUGCUGGGAGAAGGUCGCUGUGCCAGAUACAACUGUCGGGAUGCAGUUUGGUGGUGGCUUCAGUGCAUCCAGGACUACACUAACCAUGUUCCAGAGGGACAACAGAUCCUCCGCUGCCCCGUCACGCGCAUGUACCCGACUGAUGACUGUGAGCCCUGUGGACCCGGAGAGGUGGAGCAGCCUCUGCACGAUGUGAUCCAAGAGGCUCUGCAGCGCCACCUGGAGGGAAUUUCCUUCAGAGAGAGAAAUGCUGGACCCAAGAUAGACAUGCACAUGCGGGAUGAAGGGUUCACAGUGGUUGCGAAAGUGGACCCAGCCACUGGUUUUGUGAUGGGGGGGAACCGCUUCAACUGUGGAACAUGGAUGGACAAAAUGGGAGAGAGCGACAGAGCACGAAACAAAGGGAUGCCUGCAACUCCCAGAGACGGAGCCGCGGUGGAGAUCGUCGGCCUCAGCAAAUCAGCUGUUCGUUGGCUCGUGGAGCUCCACGCCAAGGGACUGUUCCCCUACGAUGGAGCUAACGUUCACAGAGACGGUAAAGAGGUGUUCAUCUCGUACUCUGAGUGGAACCAGCAGCUCCAGCAGUCCUUUGAGACAGAGUUCUGGGUCCCCGAGGAUCCCAAUGACCCGAAUGAGAAACACCCUGACCUAGUGCAUAAGAAGGGCAUUUAUAAGGACAGUUACGGAGCUUCCAGUCCCUGGUGUGACUACCAGCUGAGACCCAAUUUCACCAUCGCCAUGGUGGUGGCUCCAGAGAUGUUCACACCGCAGAGAGCCUGGAAGGCUCUGGAGGUGGCAGAGAAGAAACUACUGGGACCACUGGGAAUGAAAACACUCGACCCUGAUGACAUGGUUUACUGUGGUGUCUAUGACAACGCUCUGGACAACGACAACUACAACCUGGCCAAAGGCUUCAACUACCACCAGGGACCGGAAUGGCUUUGGCCGGUCGGCUACUUUCUGCGGGCUAAGCUCUACUUUGCCAAGAAGCUUGGAGAGGACACCUACACCAAGACGAUGACAUUGGUGAAAAAUGUCUUAUCUCAGCAUUACACUCACCUGGAGAGGUCUCCAUGGAAGGGCCUCCCGGAGCUGACCAAUGAGAACGGGCAGCACUGUCCUUUCAGCUGUGAGACGCAGGCCUGGUCCAUCGCCACGGUGCUGGAGGUCCUCUUCGACCUGUAGGGCGAGACGAGGCACAGCCGAGGCCGUUCCAUCCACGCCGCCGCAACACGAUUUUACACAAUGAGUGUUUUCCCUGCUUGUGUCCUGAUGGAGGGGAUGAGAGGAAUAAAACCGUCCGAGGGAAAACGCAGCGAUGCUGAA